AUGGCGGGCGCGCCGGCACUAGAUGAGACGCAGAGACCCCUGGCUCAGCUGCGAAACGGCACGUGUGCCAGGGCCGAGGUGAUCCCGCCUGAAGUAUUGCAACGCGGUGGACCCGCGUUCGUGCUUACGCUGCACCACAUGAUGCAACGCAUAUGGAUUGAGGAGCAGGUGCCUCCUGAGCUGAAGGAUGCUUUGGUGCUACCACGGUACAAAGGCAAAGGUAGCAGGCGAUGGUGCACGCAUUAUCGUGGCAUCAACUUGCUGUGUUGUGGGGGCAAGGCAAAUGCCCGAGUCCUGCUCAAUCGCCUCGUCAGUCAGGUUGUGGAACAUAACGUGGCGGAAGAGCAGUGUGGAACCCGUUGA